AAAGUUACUAUUAUAAAAUAGAGAGAUUUAUGGUUAUUUCUUUUCCCUACACCAAAAAAAUAUUUGCAAAAAUUUUCACCUUUACAGAAAUACAUGUGACGAUGUCAAAUUUGGAGGGGUACAAUUACAAUAACCCAACUUUGCAGGGUUAUACAUGCAAUUAAACCAUUCAAAAAUGAAUCCCACUGAUCCUCACCACCUCUCUCCCCUCCUUCAAACGCUAUGUUUCCCUCCUCAAAACUGGUACGAAGAAGAACACCUCCCUCUCCCUCCUCUCUCCACUCUCUCCUCCACACCUUCUCCACCUCAAUCCCUUCCCCACCUACAAACCCUAAUCCUCACCUCCUCUCCCAUUCCCCCGCUUCGAAUCACAACCUCUUCGAUUACCCCGCCUGCUCCUCUCUCCUCCAAUCCCUCGUCGCCCACAAGGCGCUCGAUCGCGGGAAGCAGCUCCAUGCACGCUUACUCCUAUGCGGACUCGGUUUUGACACCAUAUUGGCCACCAAGCUCGUCAAUUUAUACUCUGUUUGUAACUCUUUGGACUAUGCGCGCUACCUGUUUGAUAGAAUUCCCAAAAGGAACAUUUUCCUUUGGAACGUUCUUAUCCGUGCUUACGCGUGGAACGGGCCUUAUGAAGUCGCUGUUUCGCUAUUUUAUCAAAUGAUAGAUUAUGGGCUUGAGCCCGAUAAUUUCACGCUUCCGUUUGUACUCAAGGCGUGCUCUGCGCUUUCUGCUCUUGAAACUGGGAGGGAAGUCCAUGAACUGGCGAUAAAGUUGCGGUGGGAGUCGGAUGUGUUCGUGGGUGCGGGACUCAUCGAUAUGUAUGCGAAGUGCGGGUGCAUCGACGAUGCCCGUGACGUGUUUGAUAGGAUUCCGGUCAGAGAUGCCGUGCUCUGGAAUUCCAUGAUCGCGGCGUAUGCGCAAAAUGGGCUUCCGGGGGAAGCGCUUUGUCUUUGCCGUGAAAUGGUUGUAAGUGGGUUCGGGCCCACGAUUGCAACGCUUGUCAGUGUGAUAUCGGCCGCCGAUGCGGCUGCUCUGCCUCGAGGGAGGGAGCUCCAUGGGUUUGGUUGGAGACGAGGAUUUGAAUCACACGACAAGCUGAAAAUCGCCCUUGUUGAUAUGUACGCCAAGAGUGGCUCUCUUCGGGUUGCUCGUGUUCUCUUUGAGCAGCUUAAAGAUAGGAGCCUUAUUUCUUGGAAUGCUAUGAUUUGUGGUUAUGGAAUGCACGGCCACGCAGAUGAAGCGCUCACUUUGUUUCAUACUAUGAGAGCGGAGGGUCAAAUCCUGCCUGACCAUAUAACUUUUGUUGGCGUGUUAUCGGCUUGCAAUCACGGAGGAUUGAUGGAAGAAGGGAAACGAUUCUUUUAUUUGAUGGUGAGCAAUUACUCGAUCAAACCGACUGUUCAACACUACACUUGCUUAAUCGAUCUUCUUGGUCAUUCUGGUGAAUUAGAUGAAGCUUAUAAACUUAUCCAAGAAAUGUUGAUGAAGCCUGAUUCGGGAGUUUGGGGUGCACUACUAAAUGGUUGCAAGAUUCAUAGAAACGUGGAGCUGGGAGAGUUAGCCUUGCAAAAAUUGAUAGAAUUGGAACCAAAUGACGCGGGAAAUUAUGUGCUUUUAUCCAAUAUUUAUGCCCAAGCUGGAAAAUGGGAGGAAGCUGCAAAGGUGAGGAAGAGGAUGACUGAUAGAGGCUUGAAGAAGAGCAUUGCUUGUAGUUGGAUCGAAAUCAAGAGCAAAAUCCAUGCAUUUCUUGUCGGAGAUUUAUCCCAUCCUAGAUCAGAGGAAAUAUACGAAGAGUUAGAGAGAUUGGAGGGGCUUAUGCAAGAAGCCGGUUAUGUGCCUGAUACCGAGCCAGUCUUUCAUGAUGUGGGAGAUGAUGAGAAGCGGAACAUGGUUCGAAGCCAUAGUGAGAGGCUUGCUAUUGCAUUUGGGCUCAUUAGUACGCCACCUGGAACAAGGCUUAUCGUGACGAAGAAUCUUAGGGUUUGCGAGGAUUGUCAUGUUGCCAUCAAGUACAUAUCGCGGAUUGUGCAGAGGGAGAUUAUCAUAAGAGAUGUUAACCGUUACCAUCAUUUCAAAGAUGGGGAGUGCUCGUGUCGAGAUUACUGGUAAUUUGAUACAAAGGGAAGUUCGUUCGAAAUCAUUGAGACUUGUAAUAUAGGGAGAAGAGUUUGAGAAGGCAUUGAAAGUUCAUCGGGGCCGUAGAAAUUAUUAACUGUGUACGGUGAUGCAGCUAGAGAAUUGAUCUAUUCUUUUGAGUUAAGUAGAUAAACAAAGAUUGUUCCUCUCUAUUAUAAACAUGAGAGAACUCAUUGGGCAGUGAAACUCCUGAGUCUACUGAAACAGAAGUUGCUGGUGACAAGUCGCUGUUGAGACGACAAGAACAGUCAUAGAACUGGAAGUUUUAAGCAGAUUCUGUAUGCACUUCAAGAUGGCAACUUCUAAGAUCACCCUGGCACUAACAAAUUAGUGUUUAUUUUCAGAGGACUCGUGUAAAGCGAUAUAAGGCGAUCGUUGAGUCUCGAGAGGUAGACGCAAAAAAUGAAACAUCGGUGGAUCCUGAUCAUAUGAAAUCAUUUCGGUGGCGAUAUUUGCCUUCCGCGGCGGUAGAAGAAAUGAAGGGGAAUGCUAGUGUGUGCGCAAAUCGGUUUACUCAGACAACUUUGAGCUUCUCAACAUUGGGGUUUUUCUUUCUAUCUUACAUUUUUUGUUCACUCAAACCCUAUAAAUGGUUCUAUCUUUAGCAAUGAGAAAUGUUGUAUUUUCUCCUUCGUAUC